AUGGCUGUGGAGUACGAGAAGCUCGCUACGUCAGACAGCGAGGACCAGAAUCUUGCAGAAUGGCGAGGUCUACACGAGCAGCAGCAACAACACCGCGGUUUCCGGCUUCGCCCGGACUGGAUUGCCUGGCUCCUCCUUCUCGUCAUCACGAAUACCGCUUCGCUCCUCUGGACGAACAUCUGGUCAUGGUCCAGUCUCGACCAUCUCAAGGCCCUCACAGUAUGGUGUAAGUCCUGACACUACUACUCCACUCUCUCCUACUGCUUUUCCAGUGGAUCUGAGAACCUUUGCAGCUCCGCUCCAUUCGACUCUACCCUACCAGCUGCACACCAUAAAACUCGACGUAAUGACACACACGGAUGCCCCAUCUCUCUGGCGCGCCGAUCCGAGCCCCGCGGUCGACAAACUAUGGAAGGACAAUUGGGACUCCAGACCGCUCGUCAUACCCGUAGGGGAUCUCGCAAAACUCGGCCAAGAUCCCGACUACGCGGUGCGCUGGCCGACGAAAAACUCCAGCCUGACGGUCGUGGGGAACCACGCACACCAUCUCCUGCACUGCCUGGACGAGCUCCGCCGAUCCGUGUGGGCGGACUACUACUGGCCCCAGGGCAAUCUCAAUCCGUUCUAUCGCAAUCAUCAGAUGCACUGCAUCGACAUGCUCCGCCAGGAUCUCAUGUGUCGCGUGCCGAGGGACGUGUACCCGCUGAUCUGGCAAGCGACGGAGACGACGCCGCAGCCGGAUUUUAAUAUUACAAUGAAGUGUGCGAGCUGGGAGGAUAUGUGGGCGUGGUGGGCGGAGAGGCAGUUGACGGAGGAGCAGACGCUGCAUGAAGAACCGGUGAAACCUGUGGGAGCGAAGGAAUGGCCGGCUCCGGCGGCACUCCGGGAGGAGAAUUCGAGACUCAAAGACUUGUGUAGCGAGCCAGGCAUAGUAUGUUCGCAGGGUGGAAUGCCCGUCGAAUGGUCUCACGAACAGACAUAG